GCCGGAGAAGCACUGGGCCAGCCGGGAGGGAAGGCAAGGAUGGCAGAGUCCAGGGUUCUGCCCACCGGCUUCGGGGAGCUCGAGGUGCUGGCCGUGGGGAUCGUGCUGCUGGUGGAAGCUCUCUCCGGCCUCACCCUCAACGGCCUCACCCUCUUCUCCUUCUGCAAGACCCCGGAGCUGCAGAGGCCCAGCCACCUGCUGGUGCUGAGCUUGGCCCUGGCGGACAGUGGGGUCAGCCUGAACGCCCUUCUUGCAGCCACAGCCAGCCUCCUCGGUGUCUCCCACAGGCGCUGGCCCCAUGGCUCGGACAGCUGCCAGGCCCACGGCUUCCAGGGCUUUGCGACGGCUUUGGCCAGCAUCUCCAGCAGUGCAGCCAUUGCCUGGGAGCGCUAUCGCCACCACUGCACCCGAAGCCAACUGUCAUGGAGCACGGCCGGCUCCCUGGUGCUCUGCGUGUGGUUGUCCUCUGUCUUCUGGGCAGCGCUGCCCAUACUGGGCUGGGGCCACUAUGACUACGAGCCACUGGGGACAUGCUGCACCCUGGGCUACUCCAGGGGGGACAGAAACUUCACCAGCUUCCUCUUCACCAUGGCCUUCUUCAACUUCGUCCUGCCCCUUACCAUCACGCUCACCUCCUGUCGGCUCCUGGAGCAGGCACUCAAGAAGAGGGGCCACCUCCAGGUGAACACCAGGCUGCCAGGCAGGAUGUUGCUGCUCGGCUGGGGCCCCUACGCCCUCUUGUACCUGUAUGCGGCCAUCGUGGACGUGACCUCCAUCUCCCCCAGACUGCAGAUGGUGCCCGCCCUCAUUGCCAAAACAAUGCCCACAAUCAAUGCCUUCCAGUACGCCCUGGGGAGCGAGACAGUCUGCAGGGACAUCUGGCAGUGCCUCCCGAGGCUGAGGAGCAUGGGCCGCUCCAGUGGGCAUGACCGAGCCCACUGAGCCUCCUGUGUGGCCGUGAGGGCCCAGCCCCCACCUCUGGACCAUGCUCUACCCCCCGGGGCUGCACCAGGAGUCACACCCAGCAGCCUCUGAAGUCAAGCCCUGGACACUCGUCCACCCCCUCUGCUGCCCACAUUCAGCCUGGCCCCAGCCUGGGCACAGGGAACUCAGAGAGAAACCAGGCCACAGGGGACUGGGACAUUGGAGUCAGACGGAUCCAAGUGCUGGAGGACAUCGGGAGACUCAUUCUGUCAACCGAGCUUCCUGACCCCUAAUGUAAGGACGCUAAUGUGUACUUCACAAGGUUGUGGCAAGCAAGAUAACAAGUACACGCCAUGCACACAGAAGCAGCUCACUAAACAUAGCUUGUAGUAUAAGCCCCAUCUUACCCAGAAAGAAGUCAA